UCGUUAGCUCACAGCUGCUAUUCGUCGUGGACAGAAGCGGUUCGUUCCGUUAGCCUCGUUAGCUCCUUUAGCUUCGUGCGGUUCGUGUGAGUUUUGCAGGGAUAGUUUAACCGUCGUCGUUCGCCACCUCCGGCUGCCCCCGUCAUGGCGUACCAGCUGUACCGGAACACCACGCUGGGGAACAGCCUGCAGGAGAGUCUGGACGAGCUCAUCCAGACUCAGCAGAUCACGCCUCAGCUCGCUCUUCAGGUUCUGCUGCAGUUCGACAAAGCCAUCAACACGGCGCUCGCCAACAGAGUCCGCAACCGAGUCAACUUCAGGGGCUCCCUGAACACCUACAGGUUCUGCGACAACGUGUGGACGUUCGUCCUGAACGACGUGGAGUUCCGAGAGGUCACCGACCUGGUGAAGGUCGACAAGGUCAAGAUCGUAGCAUGCGACGGGAAGAGCGAGUCGACCCAGAACAAGACGGACAAGUGAUGAACGUACGACAGACUCGAGCUCCGACGCCGCCGCGACAACGACUCGGAGCCGCAGACGGACCUGGACUGUACAUAUAAUUUAUUACAGCAGAGUCACAGCUGAGUGUGUGUGUGUGUGUGUGUGUGUGUGUGUGUGUGUGUGUGGGUGUGUGGGUGUGUGGGUGCGUGCGUGCGUGCGUGCGUGCGUGCGUGCGUGCGUGUGUCGGAGUGGACCAGUCACUGUUUGUUUUUAUUAUCAGUUUUCAGGAGUUUGUUCAGUUUGCUGUUAUAUUUGAGCUGAAUCAUCUUUAAUAAAAAAACUUUAUUUAAAACACA